AGGAGUAAACAAGUUUGGAAAACUACUGUAAUACUAUAAUUAAUUAAUAAAGCUGAUGGACAUGUUCAACAGCAAUGGUCCAGACCAGAAGCUGUUUAAAAAGGAUCAACUACAAAGCUCGACCAUAUGGAGGAUGGAAAUAUUGAAGCAUCAAAGAGAAGGUUUCUAAUUUCUUCUUUGUUGUUGGCCAUCGACAAGAAAGUUACAGUUGUAUCAUUUUGAUUAGUUAAUGAAUUAACUGAAGCAUAAAACGCUGUCAAUUUUGUAGAAACCAGCUGAGAAGGACACGACAUUGAAAAUGAUGAUGACUAGUCAAGUCUGCCGGCCGGCUCCUGUUUUGAGAAUCUUGUUUUAGGCCUUUGGCAUGUUUUUGUGAGACCUUAUGGGCAAUCCAUUUUAAAACAAUGCGAGCUCUCUUUGUAAAUUCAGUCAAUUGUCUCUCUAUACUGGUUUAAGCAACAAUGGCAAUUUGGUUCCUUUCUCCUUGGUUUUACUUAGCUAGCCAAUCAGAGGCUACCCUUUAAAAGAGAAACCACAAUAUAGCGCCAUUUUCUCUAAACUCACUUGGUUCAUCUAAGAAAAAUGGAUCGAAUUCUUAUCUGGAUGCUCCCCAUUUUGAUGUUUUUCAUACUUCCAAAGUCAAAUUCAGAAGAUGAAAAUGUCAUUGAGGCACUGGUGCAAUUCAUGGAGAAACUUUCAGCAGGAAAUUCGCAAAAUUAUCAAAAUUGGGGCUGGGACAGAAAUUCAGAUCCCUGCGUUGGCAAUGUCAAUUUCGUUGGCACAUGGAAAGGAGUGGACUGCAAGAAAUCGCAAAAUGUUAAGAAGAUUGUUCUUGAUAACUUCAACUUAACAGGAACAUUUGAGGCUGCUUUCGUAUGCACGGCGAAGUUUCUUGUUUUCUUGAGCCUGAAAGAGAACAAUAUUUCUGGCUUCAUGCCUAAAGAGAUAGGAAACUGCGGACGUCUGAGACACUUGUACGUAAAAGGGAACCGAUUUGCUGGUGAUAUUCCUGACACUUUUCCUCAGUUACGUAAGUUGAAGAGCAUCGAUAUAUCUGACAACAACUUCUCUGGUGAGCUUCCUGCUGAUAUGUCCCGGAUUUCAGGCCUGCUAACCUUCUUUGCUGAAAACAAUCAGCUCAGUGGGGAAAUACCGGAUUUUGAUUUCUCCUAUCUCAAGGAUUUCAAUGUAGCCAACAACAACUUUAGCGGUCCAAUUCCUGAUGUCAAAGGCAAGUUUGGGGCAGACAGCUUCUCAGGUAAUCCUGAAUUAUGUGGGAAACCAUUAUCAAAAGCCUGCCCACCUUCAAAAAAAGGAUCAAAGCAUUCAUCAACUGAUCGCUUCCUUAUCUACUCAGGCUAUAUAAUACUUGCCGUGGUUGUGCUGCUCUUGUUAGCUUUAUAUUUAUUUAAGAAAAAUAAGCCUAAAGAAGAAACUGCGAAGGUUGUCAAGAAGGGGAGGGUAGCUAAUGCAAGUAAGGAACAUAGUAGUACUCCAAGUGAAUCCAAAACUGGUGGUAAUAGAUCAGAAUAUUCAAUUGCAUCUGUUGAAGCUGGCAUGACAUCAUCAUCUCUUGUAGUUCUUCCCAGUCCUGUGGUGAAUGGUUUGAAAUUCGAGGACUUGCUUCGAGCUCCAGCUGAGUUGCUUGGUAGAGGAAAGCAUGGAAGUUUGUAUAAGGUCAUGUUCGAUAAUGCUACGAUCUUGGCAGUGAAAAGGAUCAAAGACUGGGAUAUUUCGGCCGCAGAUUUCAAGAGGAGAAUGGAGAUGAUAGACCAAGUGAGGCAUCCCAGAGUAUUGCCUCCGGUAGCAUUUUAUUGCUCCAAGCAAGAGAAGCUCCUGGUAUACGAGUAUCAGCAGAAUGGCAGUCUCUUCAAACUUCUCCAUGGGUCCCAGAAUGGGCGAGUAUUUGACUGGGGAAGCAGACUCAAUGUCGCAGCUAGUAUUGCAGAGUCCUUAGCAUUCAUGCAUGAGCAGCUUCAAGAAGGUGGGAUUGCCCACGGGAACCUGAAAUCCACCAACAUUUUAUUCAACAAGAACAUGGAGCCCUGCAUUAGUGAAUAUGGUCUAAUUGUGGCUCAAGGCCAGGAUCAAUCAUUCCUUUCUCAGUCUGAUAGCUUCAAAAGUAAUGCUUUGGGUGGAGAUGGCGCCUAUAGCACCUUCAAGGUGGAUGUUUAUGGCUUUGGCGUGGUUCUUCUUGAGCUUUUGACAGGGAAACUAGUCGAAAACAAUGGGUUUGAUCUGGCAAGUUGGGUGCACUCAGUGGUUAGAGAAGAAUGGACUGCUGAAGUUUUUGACAGGGCCUUGAUCGCAGAAGGUGCUAGUGAGGAGAGGAUGGUGAACCUGUUGCAGGUAGCAUUGAAGUGCAUAAAUCCGUCUCCAAAUGAAAGGCCAGCCAUAAACCAAAUAUCUGCUAUGAUAAACACGAUAAAAGAGGAUGAAGAGAGAUCCAUAAUUUCAGAACCAUGAUCAUGCCCUGGAAGCCUAAUUCGCAUUAUUUAGUUAUAUUUAGGUCAUUAAUCCUACAUCAGAUCAGAUGGUACGUAGACUUGGUUUAAAACAUGCGUAUUGGUGACAAAAAUAAUUAUUUCUUCAAGCAUUUUGAUUUGGAUUUUCUUCAAUUUAUGAUCAUUAUAUAAAUUCUUAUUACCAUUGUUAAUUA